GGCUGGGCUGGGGGGUGUCGUGCAGCUGCGAGGGUGGCACUGCGACGUAGGGCUCGUAACCGUUUUAAAUAGUUUUCAGACCCGGCUGUAGCUAAGCCUGGCUAAUGCUCCUUGUGUCACGGGCUCUUGUAGGCACCGUGCUGAGAGUAAGGGUUAGAUAUGAGUGUUUUAUGGGGGAGCCCUGUCUAGACUGGAAUACAGAACCAGGCCAGUUGCAAGCCCCUAAGUCAGCUUUUGAGCCUUACUCUGCAUAAACACUCUUCAGCACCGGUUGUCAACAUGGCUACGGACUCAGAUGUGCUGCAUUUCCAGUUUGAACAGCAAGGGGAUGCUGUGUUGCAAAAGAUGAACCUCUUGAGACAGCAGAAUUUAUUUUGUGAUGUAUCAAUAUAUAUCAAUGACACUGAGUUUCAUGGACACAAAGUGAUUUUUGCUGCCUGCUCCACAUUUAUGAGGGAUCAGUUUUUGCUCAGUCAGUCGAAACAGAUGCGAAUCACCAUAUUGCAGAGUGCUGAGGUUGGCAGAAAGUUACUAUUGUCUUGUUAUACUGGUGCUCUCGAAGUUAAAAAGAAGGAGCUUUUGAAAUAUCUCAUUGCUGCAAGUUACCUUCAGAUGGUCCACAUUGUAGAGAAAUGUACCGAAGCAUUGUCUAAAUAUCUGGAAAUUGAUGCUUCUAUGGAGAACAGUAAUCAGAACACAGAGAAAUGUCAUUCCUCAGACACUGAGCUGAGAAAUAAAGAUGACAAUUUGGAUAAAGACUGUGAAAUAAUUGAAAUUUCUGAAGAUAGCCCUGUUAAUAUAGAAUAUAAUGUAAAACGGGAGCAAGGGGAUGUCUUACAACCUGCAAUGCAAAGUUUAAUAUCGGAAAGAAAGGACAUGAAAACUCCAGAGAUUUCCACAGUUGAAAUAGGAUAUAAAGAUGAUGAAAUUUGUAUCUUCAGAAUGGAUUCCAUGAGCACAGCCAAUGUGGAAAAUGAUCAUUUUCCACAGCCUUGCACUUCCUCUAAAACAAGUUUAUAUUUUCCAGAAACACAACAUUCACUGAUAAAUUCUACUGUUGAGAGUAGAAUUACAGAAGUGCCUGGAAAUCAUUUUCAGGGCUUUGUCAGUGACAAUACAGAAGGAACCUCAACUGUAGUGAGUGGGUUUCAGAGUCUGGAGGAUUCUGGUUAUUCAUGGCGGCACCAGUGUCCUAAAUGUCCCCGAGGAUUUGUCCACCUUGAAAACUAUCUGAGACACCUAAAAAUGCACAAACUUUUCUUAUGCUUACAGUGUGGGAAAACAUUUACACAAAAGAAGAAUCUCAAUAGGCAUAUCCGAGGGCACAUGGGCAUCCGCCCAUUCCAAUGCAUGGUUUGUCUGAAGACGUUUACUGCUAAAAGCACGCUUCAGGACCACUUGAAUAUUCACAGUGGGGACAGACCUUACAAAUGCCAUUGUUGUGACAUGGACUUUAAACACAAAUCUGCCCUAAAAAAGCACUUGACUUCAGUUCACGGAAGGAAUGGUGGUGACAAACCAAACCUUGACACAAUUACACAAAUCAAAAUAGAUUAUGAUUAGUGGAUCUCUGGAUAGAUGUAAAGACGUGCUGUAUUUAAAAUCCUGUUGUGGUGAAAUGCCAGGUGUUCACCAAAUCUUUAUGUAAGGGAGACAAGUGCAAAUAAAUAUCUAAUUUUGCUUACUGUAUUGAAACCUAGUAUUGGUGCAAUUGUUUAGAUAGUGUUUGCUAGUUGAAGGUAAAUGGCAAAAUAUCGGAACAAAAUUUGUGCUCCUUUACAGGUACGCAUGGUACAGAUAAGACAGCUCUGCAAAACUUUUUCUUCUAAAAGAGAACUCUUUGUGCUUGUCUUUCACACUUCCUCCUCCCAUUAGAGGAUAGUACUUAUUUGAAGGAUCCUUGAUAUCUCUCCGAGCUGAAACCUGAACUGUUUCUUUUCCAACCUUGAAUAGAGUGGGGAAGGGGAUGUCAAUACCUAUUCAGGGAGUCAAUCAUUCCCACUCAGUUGAGUGUUCUAAGACCGAUAGUUCUUGUUUCAGUCUAUGGUGAGGUCACUUUCCGCUUCACCAAAUUGUUGGCUCUUCUAGUAGAAAGAAGUCAGGGCCUAUUCUAUUCUAUAUAGAUUUUUCUACCACACUCAUCGAAUCUGAUUCUCAAGUGUGUAGUUUAAAAAAAUAAAAACAGGAAAACUCUCUAAUGAAGCUUUAACAUUCUUUAUAAAUAGAGGAGCAGUAAAAGGCACAAACAAACACACUAUUCAGUUCACUUUUAACUUAAUAGGGUCUAAUUUUAUUCAUGUUCUAAAGUUUUCUAACAAUCUGUUUGACUGCUUUGUUCUCACUGAUACAAAUUGUUU